AUGUCUGAAGAAGUCCUUGCAUUCAGCCAAAAUAAUGAGACAGCCGCAAGAAAUGUAGGUCAAGUUCCAAAACAGCAAUGUGAUUUUGAAAAAUUACCGACCAGCAAGAAAGACUUAGAAGUCAUCGAUGUAGCCUGUGGAACUGGUACUGCCAGGAGCAUACCUUCAUUGGGACGAGCUGGAUACUAUUCAUCAAGAAAAACAUGGCCAAACAAUAUGCAGGUUAUAUUAUGGGCCAAUCGUGAUUUCGCAGAGCAUGAUGUGGUACAGUACCUUCUACUCAAGACAAGUUUAAUGGCGCCAGAUGCUGCGGGAUGUAGAGAAAGAGGCACAGAAUGGAUGGACUGA